GCAGCGUCUCUCCAGAAAAGCGACUGCCUCAUCGAGCACAGUUUGUUCUCUUCGAGUAAAUUGAUUCGCAGAUUUUUUUGCUGCUAAAACUUUACUGAAAAUAUAGUGGUAAAACGUAAUUUGGAGGCAAAAUGCGGAAGGAAAAUCUCAAACGUAAAGAUGCCGAUGAUACCGAGAACGGAUCGGACAACGAGGAGCAGGAAAAUUCGCCUGCCGCAGCCGACAAGGAUGAGGACACCGAAAUGCCAAGUGCAAACGAAAACACUGAAGAAAAUGGAGACUCGAAAGAGCCCGGCACCGAUGAAGAGUUCGAAGAUGCUGAGACCGGCGAUGAUAAGGAUGCGAAAAAAUCGGACGCCGCCAAGGAUAAGGAAAAGGAAACAGACGAUGAGGACGGCAAGAAUGGUGAGGAUAAGGGAGAGGAAGAGGACGACGUCCCGUUGAAGAAGGGCGGUCGCGGAAAGCCAAAGCCCAACAAAAAAGCUGUCAAGGAGACUAACGGAGAUUCGGUGGAAAACGGUGAUGGUAAGGAUGAGGAGAACGGUGAUGGUGAUGAAGAGGAAGACGAAGAUGCUGAAGAGAAUAAUGCCGAGGAAGAUAAAGAGGAAGCUGAUUCGGAUUACGAGUCUGGUUCAAAGAAAACGAAGAAGGGGACUGCUGGAAAGCGUGGUGCUCCCAAGAAAAAAGUAUCGAAAAAAGCAAAACCAAAACCCGCUAAGAAAUCCAAGAAAGAAGAAGUAGAAGAAGAUGAGGAAGAGGACGAUGAGGAAGAAUAUGAAGUCCAGGAGAUUGUGGAUCAUCGUAAAGAGCGCGGUGGCAAGAUGGUUUAUCGCAUUCGCUGGAAGAACUUUGGAGCAAAGGACGACACUUGGGAACCGGAGUCCACACUGUCUUGCCCGGACAUUAUCAAGCGCUACAAGGCGAAGAUUGCGAAGGAGGAAAAAAAGAAGGAAGAGGAAGAAGACGACGAUGAGGAGGAAGAAUAUGAAGUUCAAGAAAUUAUAGAUCACCGUAAGGAACGCGGUGGUAAAAUGGUGUAUCGCAUUCGUUGGAAAAAUUUUAGCGCUAAAGACGACACCUGGGAACCGGAAGCUACCCUUUCAUGCCCGGACAUUAUCAAGCGCUACAAAGCUAAGAUCGAAAAAGAGGACUCUGCUCCACCGACAAAGAAAGGUAAACCGGGCCCAAAGGAGUCAGCCAAAAAGGGUGCUGCUGGCAAGAAAGACAAACCAAAGGCACCCCCGAAAAAACGUGCUACGAGAGAGGAAUCUGAAGACGAGGAAGAUGAAGAUGAGGAUGACACCGAGUACGAGGUGGAAAAGAUUAUCGAGGUACACUUCAAACGCAACGGACAACGGGAGUAUUUGGUUCGCUGGAAGGGAUUCUCCUCGAAGGACGAUACCUGGGAACCGGAAGAUAACUUGCACUGCAAAGAUUUGAUUGAAAAGUUUAACGAAAAGCUGGAAAAAACGAAGAACGCAACUGUCAAGGAGUUGCGAAUGAACAGGAAGCAACCCGAACGGCUCAAUUUGUCCGAAAGAGGUCACAAGACGUCCAAACGCAAUGCUGGAAAGGUUCGGGUCAACUACUAUGAUGGAGAGUAAAUCUUGUCUGAAUGUGGAAAUUAGGCCACUGGCCUAGAAAGACGGAGGAUUACAAUUAACCUAUUCUUUAUUGGUGUACCGUAGAUUUAAGAGCGCAACUACACAAACAAAUGCAUCUUACCUUUGUAUUUAGGCAUGUAAUCCAAGUGGAAUGAUGAGAACAGUUAUCCGUAUUCUUGUUAAUGAUGAAUGUAGUUGAAGACAAGAAAAUGAACAGUCAAAAGCUACUUCGACUCGUACAAGGAUAUAGUUUUUAUUUUUCAGAUUAUUUUUAAAUUUUUUCGGUCUGUAUCUGGUACGUACUAGGACUGGAUAAUCAAGAAAAUUAUCAAAAAGAGUGUAUUUUAUUUUACAUGAGCAUUUGUAUGAAUCAAACUAUCAUAAAUAAUAAACUACUCUAGAUUAA